UUUUUCCUUCUUUAACUGAGGGGUACCAACAAUUUUGUCCACGUGUGUACCUGUGCAUUUACUAUAUAUACUGUUUUGCAAUGCAUUCACUGUUUCCUCCUGUGUCUUUUCUCUGAGUGUUCCUAGUCCCAGAGCUUGAUGCUUCUGAUCUGUGGUUGCUGUCCCACCAACUGGUUUAGUGUCCAUCAUGACCACUGUGGGAUGCUGCUGCUGACCUUCCUUCAGCCCACUGCUUCCAGUUGCUCAUUUCCACUGAUCUACUCUGCAUCGCCCUUACUAUACUUGAUAUGCUCAUCUACACACUGUUUGCAUCUUACUUACCAGCUAUACAUAUAGCAUAUUUAAUGCCAGAGCCUUACACCAAAACAGUAAUCUUAUGAAUCAGUUUCUAGGUUAGCUUGUACUUUAUAUGUAUCAUCUAUCUUAUCAUGCAUGUAUCCAAUUGUGUAUUAUAUGUUCCUCACCCCCUCUUCUCCUGUCCCUCUCCUUCUCGCUCUCCCUCCCCCAUCCCCUCUACAUCUUCUGCCCUUCUCAACCUGCCAGCCAGUGGCAGAUGGGUCCCCAUGUACAAAGAGCCCGGUUCUGCUCAAGUUUCUUUCCUUUAAAAGAGUUUUUUUUCUUGCCACUGUCACUUUAGGGCUUGCUCUGGGGGCUCAGGCAUAUGGAGUCUGUCAAGCAUCUUGGGACAAUUUGAACCGUAAUUGGCACUAUAUAAAUAAAACUGAAUUGUCUGUAUAAUUAGACUGAUUGAUGAGAAUGAGAUAAACAAGUUACAUUAGCUGGGAGUUGUAACAUGCAAGCAUUCAACCACCUAAACCAGUUUACAGGGCUUUAAAAAAAAAAAAAAAAAAAUUGUGUAGCCCACACUCCCAUUUGAACUGUUUGAGAUACUAUGAACAGUAGGUACAAAGAUAACUAUGGCUCUUUAAAUUCCUCAGUUCAGGAGCCAAUAUAUUCACUCUACAGAGGUAAAUAUGAGAAUGCCUUUCUGCAGGUUUCCUGAGAUACGUUACUUCAAUCUCUAGAUAUUCAUCAUCUAAGGGGAAUGUGGCUGUAUAAAGGUCAGCAUUAUAACUUGUGACAGAGAUGGUGAAGACCUUCAACUCUGUGCUAUCUUCAAUUUCCAGACCAACCUCAUACCCAUCAGUUCAAGUGUUAUUGUUGCAAAUUUCUGUGGUGUAUUGAUGAGAUGGACACAGGGGUACCGUUUAUCCACUUGAACAGGACCUCAUUCACAGAUAUAAGUAAAUGCAUCCCCCAUGCAACAAAUACAUGAUCAAGAUACCAGAAAAUCUUUGAAGUGAAUGCUUUUCCAAAUGAUUGGGAAGUUUCCCUUUUUCAUAAGCAUGCUCCUUAAUGUAGAAAGCUGCUGUUCUUGAUGCACUGAUAACAGUGAAUAUAUUUAUGUGUGCAUGGAUCACCACUAAAAUCAGUCGUAGUUUGUUCUCCCGCUCCUCUCAAAGAAAUUAAUACUACUGCUAAUGUUUUUGGAUAUGCUAUUGUUUAAAUCAGUACGGUUGAAAACCUGGUACCACUUAAAGAAAGAAAAUAUUUGUCUUUAGAAAAGGUAGCAUUUUCUGGGAAAGUUGGAUAGUUUUAACAGUCUGCUCUACCUGUCUGUUCUUGUCAAGUGAUCCUCCCUGAGGACAAACCUGAACCUUCCAAACUAUGUGGCAGUGAGCAGCCACACCUUAAAAUAUAUCAAGCAUAUGACAGCUUAAGUUAUAAAACCAUAGAUGAAACCAGGGGAGGAGGAGAAGGGGCUGCACAUUGAGGACUUGUGUGCAGAUGUGAAGGGAGGGGGGAUGAAACUGACAUAGGUGUGUCUUUGAAAAUAUUAUUUAUUGCUCAUCUGUUUUUUCUUCUUGGCCACGUAACUCAAAGUCCUCAGCUCAUACAAAGAGUAACAACGGGCUGGCAUAUGCUGUUGAUUUCCUGCAGUUAUGGCUAGGAUUUCCCUCGCAGAAGUGGGUCUGCUGCUCCUGUUAUUGGGGGCUUUGGUGGUCAACGCUGAGGCAAGUGAAAAGAGUGAGAAGACACUGAGAAGGAAGAAGAGAGAGUGGAUCCAUCCUCCUUGCAAGCUGAAAGAGAACACCGACUACUCAGAUUUACCAUUCAUUGCAAAGAUUCGCUCUGAUAAAUCAAAACAUGCAAAGGUGGAAUAUUACCUCUCUGGACCAGGAGCUAACAAACCACCCUACAACCUGUUUGAGGUGAAUCAUGAAACUGGGUUUGUACGCAUCAAUGGUAAACUGGACCGGGAAAAAAUUCCAUCCUACAAUCUAACAGGUGUCGCUAGAUUCACUAAUGGUACCCCAGCAGAAGAUGACAUCCCACUGACUGUCACAGUCCUGGACCAGAAUGACAACCCUCCUUACUUUGAGCUGCAUACAGGGAACAUCUCAGAGUCAAGCAAAGAAGGAACCUUUAUAAUGCAGAUUGAGGGCAUGGAUGAUGACGAACCUGAAUCACUUAAUGCAGAGAUCGCUUAUCGUAUCCUUAGCCAGGAGCCAGAGGGCACAGGGAACAUGUUCCGUCUAGAUGAAAAGACAGGAAAGCUGUACGUCAAAGAGCCCACACUGGACAGAGAGACUCAUGACUUCUACAAACUGGUUGUAGAGGGAACUGAUAUGGGAGGGGCAGCAGGGGGACUAAAAGGUACAGGAACUGUUGAGAUCAAGAUUCUGGACAUCAAUGACAACCUCCCUACUUUGGAAAAAACUGAGUAUGAUGGCUCAGUGGAUGAAAAUGUUGCUGAUGUAGUGGUGAUGAGAAUCAAAGCUCGGGACAAAGACCUUGAACACACAGACAAUUGGCUGACAAAAUUCACCAUCGCCAAAGGAAAUGAGGAAAAUCUCUUUUCCAUCGAGACAGACAAUGAAACCAAUGAGGGCAUCCUGAAGUUGAUCAAGGCUGUGGAUUUUGAAGAAGUCCAAAAUCUUGAGCUUGGCCUGCUCAUUGAAAAUAUAGCUCCUCCUGUGAAGGGUGGUGCUGUGCUGAUGGAUGUGGAUGUCCAGGUUGGAGAGGGUGGUCCUCUGGCUACUGGAGUUGGUACAGGGGCAGGGGCAGACCUGGAAGCAGAUAUGGACCUGAAUGCAGAGUUGGAUGCAGAUUUGAGUAUAGAUGCCAAUUUAGGUGUAGAUGUAGAUGUAGAUGCAGAUGUAGGAGUAGAUUUAAAUGCAGAAGGGAAUAUAAAAGCUGACCUGGAAGGAGGGGCAGAUGUAGAGUUGGAUGCUAAACUUUUAGGACCAAGCCCUGGAGUUGGAAUUAAACCUGCUAUUAAGCCUGGUGCUGGGCCUGGUGCUGGGCCUGGUGCUGGGCCUGGUGCUGGGCCUGGUGUUGGACCUGGUGUUGGACCUGGAGUCGGGGUUGGAUUUAAGCCAGGUAUCAAACCAAAACCAAAAAAAAAAAGCCGAAACCAAGAGUACCAUCAAAAAGCUAUCCCAUAA